AUGAACGGCGGCGUAAACUUCGUAGUCCGAGGACCACAAACCGCCUUCACGGACGAGGAUCCUCCAACUCUUUGCGGCAUGCAUACCUUUGUAUUGCUCCAACCCAGUGAGUUAUACAAACGUUUCGCAUCUUCCCUAGCCGCUGCUGAACCGGACGUCGACACCGGGAGAAAGUCGCUUUCCAGUCCCAGUUCUGUGGUUGACGUAGGUCGUGUGCCGCCCACCAACCUCAGGUACCAGGUUGGAGGUUUACUUGUUUCUAUCUCCAAACGAGUUCUGACGUUAAUGAGGCGUGCGAACAAGGACCUCCAGAGCAAAGCAGUGAGUGACGCCCCACCGUCUACCCCAAUGCGCCUCAGAAGCGGCGUUCGCGUCUGGAGCCUGAAUUUGCUCCAGACGAGGACCCAGUUAAUCGCUAAAAUCUAA